AUGGCCUCGUACGAAUCUCCGAGCUAUUUCGCUGUCCAUCGAUGACCGCAGCCGGUUCUGUUCCCUUGGCAGCCAGCUUGCAAUCGACAGAAGGCAAACCCUGAUACAUGCCAAGACUCGGUAACCACGCCAACCAACCACUAAAGGUUCAACAACACUGGCAUGUCCGCAAUCGAAAGACGAUCAUAUCGUGGUCGAGCAAACCCGUGUACGCUCCAACGCUUUAUAUUGCUUCUCUACAAGGAUAAAGCAUUCAUUCGAUCUGCCGGCAACCCACUCAUUCAACACCAUGGUCCGACCAAACGACGUCAUCGCAAUCAUCAUCAUCAUCCUCUUUGUCGUCCUCGCUAUCGUCGGAUAUUCAAUCUACGCCUACCAAAACAGGGUUUCAUUACAUGCAAAAAGAGAAAAACAAAUAGAGUUUGGCGAAGAAGACUCAGGCUCUCCACCGCCUGCCAGACGUCCACCAGAGCAGUGGGCACGUGCACCACAUGAAGGGCCUAGAGGGGACAUUGUUAUUGGAGGCCCUGAAUAAGAAAUUCGGCAGAGGUCGUCGAAGGCGUGGCAAAUCAUAACCUGUAUACCUAUGUGGUAAGAGGGUCCCGAAGAAAUACGCAUUAUCAACCUCCCUGAAUCGUAUCACAG